GACAUGCUUAAAGCAUUUGAUAACUAUAAGGCAGUGGUGCUUUCCAUCAACCUGAGCAGCAAAGAAUUCCAGAAGGCAGACAGCACAGAGUUCAAAGAGCUUCAGAACAGGCUUCGGAAGGUGAACUUGCACUGGGAGAAAGUAACUCAUGUACUGGACAGCUGGAGGAAAGGUUUACAGCAAGCCCUACUGGACUGCCAGCCAGGUGAAAGCACUGCAAAAGUGUUGGGUUUUUUUUCCUGUGCAAAUCUGUUGUUUCUCUAGGACUUCCAUGAUCAGAGCCAAAAACUAAUCCUGUGGGUAGCAAGCGCUGAUAGCCGAAGGAAUGAGGCACAAAUCACAGAUCCAAAUGCUGACCUCAAUGCAGUGCUGGACUGCCAGAAGGAGCUAAUGCAACUGGAGGAAGAGCUGCUGGAGCAACAGCUCAAAGUAAACUCACUUCAAGAACUCACUGCGUACCUGCGGCUUAAAUCAGAUGGUGGUUACAUUGAAGCUGAUGAGAAGGUCCAUGUAAUUGGAAGGAAACUGAAACAGCUUCUUGAACAAGUUUCACAUGACUUAAAGACAAUACAAGGAAAUCUGAACAUUACUGCUGGUUCCAGAGCGCUGGAUUCGGCCGUCUAUAACCCAGUUGCAGCAGAAACCAGCCCUCCUGUGAAGAAGAUGCACGUACCUUAUUACAGAAAUUACAACAGCACUUCAAAGUUUACAACUGUCUUUUUUGAGGAGAAAUUCCUCAUAGUUGUGAAACCUGGAACUGUCUUUUUUGAGAAGGAGAAAUUCCUCGCAGUUUUGAAACCUGGAUACUGA